GCGCGCCUUGACAUAACCUCACCCAUUUCGGUGUUUAUUUGUUUCACACUUCUCCGACUUUCUCUCCGAAGUUCUUUUUCCCUCACGUGGGCAAAAGGCUCGUGCCCAGCCAAUUUCCCCGGCAGACCCCCGAAUAUUCUUUUCUUUUGAUUUGGUGUUAUAAUACCACAUCCUAUUUCGGCCCUCUUACUACCUUCCCUACUAUCAGCCUGGAGUCUUCCGAACGAUCGCCCAGCGGAAUCGGAGGCAGGGGCCUGCAGGGUGCCAUCCUGGAGCCACUCGCAGGAGAGAAUGCUUCUGCUGCCCCCAGUCCCGUAAUGGGAGGUGCCAGCCAUCCAUCUGUCUCCCCUGCUGUUGGGUCUGAUGCUGCGGGUCCAGCCAGGAAGCGCACCACCACCAUGGCGGGGUUGGACAGCUCCCCGGGCAGUAUUGAUGAUAUCGACGGGCAGGACAACCAGGAGGAGAAGAAGAGACAGCCCGUGAAGCGGGCCUGUAAUGAAUGCCGUCAACAAAAGCUCCGAUGUGAUGUAAUCCAAGACCCUUGGACGGAUUGCUCUCGAUGUCGUCGUCUAAAGCUCGACUGUAAAAUCGAAACCAACUUCAAACGGGUUGGGAAACGCAGUCGCAACGCCGAGAUGGAACGCGAGAUUAUCGAGCUGAGAAAGCAGAUCGCUACUGUGCAGGCUGGGGCUAUACCUCCGUCACAGUCGGCGUCUUUGCCACCGGUUCAGACCCCCAAGCAAGAAACGGCCAGUCAGGUUGGCUCGGGAGUCUACCAUACGCCGUCGGCCAUGUCUACGGAUCAGUAUAUGGGUUCUCAUGAAGCCGUUGCGUCGCUUCUGGAUUUGCGCUCUGGCUUUGAUGGCACGAACUUUAUGAGGAACGGCAACCAUCACUUCAAGCGCAUUGAAGAUGUCGCGGUCGUUCCGGAGAGGGUGACUGAGCUGUUUCAUCUGUUUUUCACCUUCUACCAUCCGUUUCUACCGUUCCUUGAUCGAGACCAGUCGCCUGAUGAUUACUACAGCGCAUCGCCACUGCUGUUCUGGACCAUCAUCAGUGUAGGCGCGCGGCGCUUCCAAGCCGACACCCACCUUCUCAAUUCCCUCUCAGGCCCGGUUUCGCGACUGGUGUGGAGUACGCUGGCGGACAUCCCACAAAGCUACCACGUCGUGAAGGCUCUCUGCUUGCUCUGUACCUGGCCUUUCCCUACCAGCAGCACGUCCACCGAUCCGACCUUUAUGCUCUGCGGUAUGAUGAUCCAAGUGGCAAUGCAGCUGGGGCUGCACCGUCCAUCUCACACGCAGGACUUUAGCAAAUUCCGCGUGGAGCUCAUUGAAGAGGAACUUAGAGACAAGGUGCGAACGUGGGCAGUCUGCAACAUUGUCGCCCAACGGGUUGCUACUGGUUAUGGCCAGCCUCCGUCUAGUGUGUACGACUGGACACUGUCUUCAAAUGAUUCGAUGGACCCCAACUUCAGGUUGCCCGACGACAUCAGGUCAAGGCUGGAGAUUGAAAAGUUUUGCGACAAGGUUACCAAAUCUUUAUACACCAAUCGGCGGGACCCCGUCGGACUUUGCAGCGAUCAGGAGCGAUCAACAUUGAUAUCGUUCCUGUCGCGGGAUUUCGAUGAACUGGAGAAUCAGCUGAAGGCGCACAAUGACAGUAUCACCAAUCUCUAUCUGCGCGCAUCGAAUCUGCACCUCCAUCUCUCUGCGUUCUUCGACGACACAACCGCAAAGGAUUAUAGAGAGCGUCUUCUCUCGCUUUAUGUUGCCACCACGACGUUCCUCGAAGCAGCGAUGAACCUUGAAACAGAAGUCGGCCCGGUGCUGUCGUACACCCCGUACUACGUGUAUCAGAUGAUGGUUGCAGGCGGAUGUACUCUGCUGAAGCUAUGCAAGAGUUUCUUCGCCGCGCACAUCGACAUGGAUUAUGCAAAGAACCUCUUCAACCGGACGAUCUGGGCCAUUAGACGCGUGUCCGUUUCCAGCAACGACCUGCCGGAGCGACUGGCGGAAGUAGUAGCGCAGAUGUGGCGGCUGAACAACGUGCCCACACCGAAAUUGACGGCAGACGGCGGAGAGGUCGACGAUUCGCUGAUGCUCAAGGUGCGCUGCCGAAUGAGUAUGUCCUUGCUUUUCGACUCAGUCUGGCGGUGGCGGGAAGACGCGCGGACCAAGGGGCGUAAUCUCGAAGCCUAUCUCAAAAACCCAACCAAUCCAGACUCCAACGCUGAAUCCUCCAACUCGUCAUCAAUUCAACCGACGCGCACCUCGACCGCGACACCCGGAGUCGCCGGCGCCGCAGACCCCAGUCUCGCGCCAGCCCCCAUGAUCCCCCAGGCUAACAUGGGCGUAUCCGCACCGAGCGCUGUGGGUGCCCUUCCCAGCGGAUUCAUGGAACCUAAUUACGAAGUAUUCGAUCCGCUGAACUGGCUUCUGGACGGACUGGUCGAUUUGCCGUAUUCAUACUCGACGAUAUCGGGGAUCGAGUCUCAGGGUAUUGCAUGAGCAGAAUAAUUCUGUUUGUUCGACGACUGACAUGGCAUAUAAUUCUUCUACACUACUUUACAUAUAUUUGACGACUUCUUGAUCUUUCUUGUUGAUUGAUUGAUUGAUGUACCAUAUUAUUAUACCAGCGAGAUGAUUGGAUUGAUGUCCGACACACGCACACCCCCCCACACACCUCCGACAACCCUUACAUUAUGGAGUCAGACUGGAGCGAGGAGUUGGCGAUUUGCUUUGCUUUGCUAGCUUUAUUCGAUGCUAGGGUUGGAUUUUUGUUUUGUCUUGUUUUGUUUUCUUCAGAUGAUACCAUGUAUCGAUAGUUGGAUGCGAUGCAUAUAGUUG